CCUUAGAUUCCUUUCUUUUCUAUUUGAAGCGCACUCUAUCCCAGUCUCUUUCUGAUUUCCUAUAUCAGCUGGUGGGACUGGUUAUGUUUCUUUUGUCAGGAUUCUCUUGCACUCACUAUAUGAAUGGGGGAGAUGGCUAGAAUAACAAAGAAACAAUUAAAUAAACCUAAAAGCCCAACAUAUCUAUCCCCAACAGUAAAAAGAAGAAACCAGAUUCAUACUCUCUCCGUCUCUCUCUCUACUAUCUGACCUUCCUUUAAAGCUUGUUCUUCCUUUCUCUUAUGAAGACACUAGUCAUGGAUGAUACAACCUCAACCCCUCAACCUCAAGACUCAUCCUCCAAGAGGCAUUUCCAUUGGACCAACAAGGUUGGAAAUGAAGACAUCCAAGUCCCCCCCACCUCUCAAACAAUGUCCAAAAUCAUAGAGGAAGAAGACACACACACAAAGGGAAAAGAAGAACAACAAGAUGACAAGGGUGUUCCACUGCCGGGCCCUUCAACCACUUCCCAAAGAAGAAAGCUUCAGGCCGUCGCAAUCUCAAGGCUCCGCUCCGUCCUCACCGUCUUCGGCAAGAACCGCUCCAACCUUCCCUUCGGCCUCGGUUCUCGAGUGGUCGGCACCCUCUUCGGCUACCGUCGCGGCCAUGUCCACUUCGCCUUCCAGAAGGACCCCACUUCCCAACCCGCUUUCCUCAUCGAGCUUGCAACACCUAUAACCGGUUUGGUUCGUGAAAUGGCUUCUGGGCUCGUCCGAAUAGCGCUGGAAUGCGACAAGGACAAAGACUCAGAGAAGAAGAGCUUGAGGCUGCUUCAGGAGUCCGUGUGGAGGACCUACUGCAACGGAAAAAAGUGUGGCUUUGCCACCAGAAGAGAAUGUGGAGCAAAAGACUGGGAAAUCCUGAAGGCCGUGGAGCCAAUUUCAAUGGGUGCAGGGGUUCUACCAGUGAGUAAUAACAGCGAUGGAGCUGAUGGAGAGGUGAUGUACAUGAGGGCUAGGUUUGAGAGAAUUGUUGGGUCCAGAGACUCUGAAGCUUUCUACAUGAUGAAUCCUGACAGCAAUGGAGCACCUGAACUCAGUAUUUAUUUGCUUAGAGUCUAGUUACUAGUUACUUCUACGACCACCCGUUUCAGUUAUCAUACUUAACUUUCUUUCCCUUUUAGUUUCUUCUUUCUGGAUGUUAAACACUAGGCUAUUCCUAUACUACCUGUUUAGCUCCUCAAUCAUGAAAAUGGUCAUUUAGUUCUCUCUGUUUUUUUUUUCUCCUUUUCCCCCUCUUCUUCCUGAGGAAGAAGAAGUGGGGUUUCAGUUUUUUUUGGUUAGGAUAGGUGGGUAGGGUAAAGGCAGAAAGGGGGAAAUUAAUUGUGGGUUACCAAUACUUUACAGGGUGAUGGUGGGGUGGGUCAUGAAAGGUGUAUAUGUAUAGUUUCCUUUCCAAUCCUUUAAUUAGUGAUAUGAGGCGAAGGUUAAUGCAAAUCAUCAUUGUCUUCCCAUUUUUA